AUGUCUACUGUAUACACUUUAAAUAAGGAUGAUAUCAUUUUGGUGGUUUCUGCGCUGAUUCUGCCACCUUUGCCGGUCAUUGUGCGCAAAGGACUGGUUUCAAGGGAUUUCUGGAUUAACCUUCUUCUGUGUUUGCUCUUUGGGUUUCCAGGUAUUCUACAUGCUGUUUAUGUUGUAUAUAUGACCAGUUCAGAACGCUCUCAAUACUCCCGUGUGGAUGAGAAUUCAGACUUGGAGGCACAGGAUGAAACCGCUGCGACACAGCCAGCUCCUAAGAGUGCAGAACCCGAAGUUCCUCCUGCGUACAACGACGUGGCCCAAAACAGCAACGCUGCCCAGGCUGCUACCGAUAACAAGAUCCAGCAUUGA